UGACACACUACAGACUUCUUCAUUACCUCCUUCCCCUUCUCUUGUUGCUGUGGUCUUUUCCUUUAACAGAAGGGUUACAUAAAUUCUCGGUGUGUCCUCCUUGCUUAUUUCCUUCUAUUGCCUCCUUUUCAUUCCCUUUUCCCCUCCUCUCAGCCGUUACCACCUUCCCACUUGCCCGUGGCAGAAUCUGCAGCAGGGAGGAGCUUUAUCAAUAGCUUGAAAGGGUUGAUAACUGCAGGACAAGGGGAAAUGGUUUCAAGUUGAGGGAGGGAAGAUUCAGGUUGGAUGAUGUCAGGGGGAAGUUCUUUACAGAGAGAGUGGUGAGGUGCUGGAACAGCUGCCCAGAGACGUUGUGGACACCCCGUCCCUGGAGGUGUUCAAGGCCAGGUUGGAUGGGGCCCUGGGCAGCCUGGGCUGGUAUGAAAUGGGGAGGUUGGUGGCCCUGCAUGUGGCAGGGGGUUGGAGCUUCAUGAUCCUUGAGGUCCCUCCCAACCCUGGCCAUUCUGUGAGCUCUGCUUUGCUGACUCGCAGUCAGUGUGCAGAGAUGGGAUGCAUUCAGUGCGAUCUGUAAAGAAGCUCAGAGCACCCCCUGUAGGGUUGGUUAAAUAGCUAAGGUAAGUGCAUGAAUGUGACCAACCGCAGAGCAUUGUUAGCCUGGAAACAAACGGGAGAAAGGAGAAUUAUGAAACAGUAUAUUCAAAGUUGUUUAUUUGGUAGAUGAAGCUUUAGACUGGGAGAUGUCUGAUGCUGAAGUCUUACCUUCAGCUUAAAUUUCAGUAGUUUGGAUUAAAUGUUUCUAUGAAGUAUUUCUUUCUUAGCUGAUAUUUUAGUGGGAGUUCUGACAAAGUAUUUCAGAAGCAAACAAGUAAUAGGGGCAGAUAGCUCACCAGAAAAACAAAGCUAGUCAAUCUGUAGUGCUAAGAAAAGUGGUUUGAAUUGCUGGACAAAUACUGAGUGGUUUGGUUAAGCUGUUUUAAAAGUUCCAGCUUAGAAUGCAUUUUCUGUCCUGCUUUUAGGGAUGUUCAAGCAUUUUCAACGAUCAGAAUAUUUUGUAAGUGGUGGAAGGAAACAAAUACCAGCUACGCAAUGCUCAUUUUAACAGUUUCACAUUAAUGUUUCCUUUAAAAAUCUGCUAAUCUGUAACGAUUUCUUGUUCUUUGAAUCUUCCCGUUGUGUCAGACGUCAGCGCUGAGCAGAUUGGUUCAGCUGUCUGACUGCUGGUCAUUAGUGACAUCAAGUGGGCUGAGUGUGAAAUGACACGUUCUGUCCCUUGCACGCUGGUGCCGUCAGCUCACUGAGUUCCUUGUGCGUGUGAUCGAUCUGAGCGGCGCUGCUGGCUAUUUGUGGUGCUGAGAGCUGCAGUCAUUGCAGGACGAGCCCACAGCUCUCCUGGCAGCGUCAAUUAAACGCUCUGAUGUGAGAGGGACACAUUGUGUUUUCCACUCGGCCUCUAUAAGAUGUGGCCAUGCAGUAGGAGCACACUCAAGCUGUUAGGUUUUUAUCCCUGUGAUUUCAAGCGCGUGGGGAGAGGAAACCACCACAGGCUGGAAGCGGGCUUAGUUCUGCUUGUGAGAGCUGCUGUGCUGUGUGCUGUCUGGCUGCCAGUGCAUUGGUGAUACCAGUACAGGAGUGUUGUGUCUGGGUCAAGUGUGAGCACUGCUGAAAGGCCCUUGAAAACAAAGAGCUGAAGAGAAUGCCUCACGUGUCUACAGUGUGUGCAGACUUGGUGCCUCACUAUCUUGUAUGGAAGCUGAAAGACUCCCGAUAGCUUCAAGAGCAGCGUUUGAGAUGUCUGCAGUUGAGAAGAUUGAGGAGCAGUUUGCCUGCCUGCGCAUAGCAAAGCGCUCUGUGCUAAGUGAGGAGCCUGCUUACCUGCUGGAUAUAGACAUCUCCGGAUCUGCUCAGUCUGAAAGCAGUCGCUUUGUGGCAGUUUCAUGUUCCAAUAAAUCCAUUAGGGUCUAUAACAGAGAAACACUGAACUUCCUGCGGGAGUACAGUAGCUGUCCUGGGACACUUAACGGCGUCAGAUUUGCACAUGCGUGUGACAGCUUGGUGUUCUCUGCGUGCAGUGAUGGUACAGUAAAAUGUUGGGAUAUUCGUUUAGCAACUCAGAAAGCUGCGCAGGUAUUCAGUGGCUAUCCUUCCAACGUGUUUAUCAGUUUUGAUCUCAAUUGCAGUGAUCUCAUGAUUUGUGCUGGAACAGAAAAAGUAGAAACGGAUACAUUCCUGGUGUUUUGGGAUGCGAGAGGCAGCACGGACUGUGCCAGCACAAUGAGGGAACCUUUGGGAGUGUACUCUGAAAGUCACAAUGAUGAUGUCACUAAGAUUUGUUUUCAUCCUGUCAAACCCAGUUUGGUUGUUUCUGGGUCGACUGACGGCUUGGUGAAUGUGUUUGACAUUAACAAGGACAACGAAGAUGAUGCUUUGAUAUCAACCUGUAAUUCAGAUUCAUCAGUAAGUUUUAUUGGCUGGUCUGGGAAAGAUUAUGAACAGAUCUACUGCACGACCCACGAUGAGGGAUUUUGUUGGUGGGACCUUGCUCAGUUAGAUACUGAAGAACCAAUAAUGCUGUUGCGUGUUCUGGACGCCAGAGACUCAGUCUGCAUUGAAAAUGGCGGCUUAAAUUACCUGGUAGGAGGGAUGUACCAUGAAAAGGCAGACAGACUCUUUCUGAUCGGAGGAACGGCAACAGGAGACGUUCACCUGAUAAGCUGCAGUGCUGCUGGGCUGAGCCUGGUGGGUACCCUUCCAGGGGGGCACUCUGCCACCGUUCGCUCUUUCUGCUGGAACCUGGCAGAGGAGUCGCUGUUGACAGGAGGAGAGGAUGCCCAGCUGUUGUUGUGGAGGCCCGGAGCCGUGGAACGCUCCCUGGCAAAGAAGGUGUCCAUGAAGAUUGCUUCUUCUGUGCAGAAGAGAGUGAGAGUUCACAACAGUUCCCUCAAAAGCAGGAAAAAAUAAAAUUCUGGGAAUGGGAGCCUGCUUUGCAGAAGUUUUUGUUUGUUUCAUCCUUCCAGGCAGUGCUUGGCUGCUGCUGUACUUGGAGGUGUUCUGUGGAAAGAACUGCAAUACAUGAAUUCUGUUUGGGAACUUACAUCAGUCAUCAGAGGAAUGCUUUUUUUUUUUUUUUUUUUUGAAGUUGCUAAUAUUAAUCUGAGAAGAGUAAAUGUUUGCUCACUGGUUCAUGAAGAAUACAUCUUCAAUCAGUUCUUACAGAAAUACUUUUUAUGGUUGUUUAGUGUCUCAGCCAACAUUUUAAUGCAUAAUAUAGGCUUGUGACUUGCAUAAUUUGUUACUUUCCCAGUGAAAUUCCCUGUCAUGUUUUAAAAGCUUUUGUAUUUCAAGCUGUGUUUUUCUUUCUUUACAGAGAACUUAAUGAAAUUGCUCAAUAUAUUAAAAGAUUUUACGUUGCUUCCUAACGCUUGAGGGAAUUACUUCUUAAUGAAACAGAAAAUAAGUACUUUUUGCAUUGUCAUAUUGCUGGUUUAUAACAAGCUUGUAAAGCAGCAUUUGAUUGAAUCAUAUUUUUAUAGUGAAGAUAUGAAUGUAUUCAACCAGAUGGGAAUGCACUACUCAGCACAGCUGAUUUUUUGACUGGAUGAGAAGUGUUGGAACUGGUGUUACUUAGGGUGUGUUUGCUUUGUGAAAACACCCAGGAAUCUUCCAGGCAGCUUCGUUCUUUGCUGGUAGCAGCAUCUCAGUGGGUGCACCUGGAAGCUGGGAGAUGGUCAGGGAGUUAAAGAAAUUAAUAGAUGUGAUGACAGCAGUUGUGCUUGGAGUCCUCCAGUCCUGCAUUUGAAAUAAGCUGCUAUCAGACGCUCAAGGGGGGGAUGUUAAAAAACAAAACCAGUCUUCUGAAAAUGUGGUUACUGAAUAACAGGCCAACGUGAGAAGGCUUUAGGAAACCUCUUAGAAGUUAGUGUGUGUCUUUUAAGGAAUGACUCUUCACAGAGAAGCCACUUAUGUGCAGGCAUCUCUCGAUGAUUGCAUUGUUUUAGUGUUCCAUCAAACAGCAAUUAAGUGCUGCAAAAAUUGCUUUGUUCUGAAACACUUGAGUUUUUAUGCUUAUUCUGCUCCACUGGCAGACUCCAAUCUGUGCAUCUGGCUCUGCACACACAAUUACCUCCAGCCCUUGGAGUACCAUUGCAGUCAAAUAUUGGUUGGUAAUUACACUGUACUUAACAUAUGUGAGCUACAACUGGAAGCAGCAAAAGUGUAUUUAAGGAUUGUGAUGUUAUAGAACAGCUGGCAGAAGAAUUCAGAGGUUUUCCACAUCAGCACAGAUUGGUAAUUCUUUCAAAACAAGAAUGUCAGGUUUAGAGGUUCAGCUCAGAGUUUAAGAACUGUUUCUGGACUACAGAGGGUACCUGAAGUUGUGGUUAUGGCUGUGCCAUAGAUGCCCUCAUCAUCUCUGGAACUAAUCCCAUUCAAACAAGUACCAGAGUUCCACGUGGUGUGUUUUACAAACUGAUGUCUUUCUGCCACAGCUGUGCAUCUGCAGUAGUGCUGGGUCUGCCUGUUGGUCACUUCAUUGUGAUUCACUUGUUUCUGUCCCUGCUGGCUUUUUUUUAUGCUGCAGCUUCGAUUUAAAAGUCACUUUAAACUUCUUUUAAAAAUGGUGUUAAAUUCAAAUUGCACCCAAAAUCCUUAUAAACGGAAGAUCAAAAAAGGCAUCUGUUGCUUUUUAAAUGACUUCAUGCAAUUUUGAGACAGCUCAGACAGUGGUUGGGACACAUCUGCACCUCGUGCCCUUUCAGCUCUUUUGUCCUCCCAGGUCACAGAGUCAUCGCUUGGGACAGUGGAACUGAAUUUUGUGACUGAGUGGGGCCAAAAGAUUCAGAGCCCUUUGACCAGGUCAGGCCAUUGGGCUGAGUUCCUUACUCUUCUUGUACCUCAGCAUGCUCAGUGGAAUGAACUCGUUGGCCAGCACUUCAUUUCUUGAAUAAAUGGUGGGUGUGCUUUAUGGAAAUGCACAGUGAGGGAGCUUUUGGUUGCCUCCUCUUUCUUUAAAGUGUCUUUUGGGAGAGACCCUAUGUGUGUUUUGCCAAGCAAAGCAGCAGAGGUGGGAGUUCUGGUAGCAGUGUUUGAAAUGUGCAGCCUGUCUCUGUUGUUUCUGCAAUAAACUGAUCCAUAACAAAUUACCAGCUCCAGCCAUGCCUUUCCCAACCUUGGUUUUUGCACACAACUUUUUCCCAGUCCCACGGCUGUUUGCAUUUUCCUCAGCUGUCAGGAGACUCAGGCUUGUGUUGCCCCUGAAAAUGCUGC